AUGGGAGUGAGCACAGUUGGACCUGCGCUUGCAUUUAUUGGAGGAGGCUAUCUACUAACUAUCUGGGGAGACAUUGGAAAGUCAAAUUAUCUGGAUCUUGGAAUCAAUGGUCCAUCUGAUCCAAGAUGGUACGGGGCCUGGUGGAUCGGAUUCUUUGCCGCUGGCCUAGCCUCAUUUUUCACUUCUCUGCCAUUGUGCAUGUUUCCGAAGAAGUUGAAUGACACCGAUGAACGAAAAAAGGAUGAUGUUGUGCAAACUCAUGCGAAACUAAACGUUGACUUUAGCGGAGACAGAUUCGAAUACCUCAAAAUUUUCAAGCUUUUUUUCUUCAACAAAACAUGUAUGGCGCUGAUUGCAAUGCAGACAGCUGAGUCGAUGAUCAUGAAUGGCUACAUUACCUUUAUACCAAAACUAUUUGAGAAUUUAUUCGGAUUCAGCAGCAGCUGGGCAAGCACAAUGACGGGGUUCGAAGGCUCAAAGGUGCUAUCCAUACAGCCGUCGAAGCACACAGUAUUUGUUUUCAAACAGAUAAAACCAAAUAUGAAAAUGUGCAUGGCACUGACAGUGGUGAUGAUAGCGAGCUCUUCGGCAUUUCUCCUUGGUUGCCCGAAAAUUCGGAUAGCUGGUAUGAACAGCGGCUAUGAAAAAACUGAGCAAGAGACGUUUUCUCUGACUCAUUUAUGCAAUUAUGGGUGUCAGUGUGAUGGGCUCUUCAACCCGGUAUGCGCUUUAGAGACUGGUGUCAGUUACUUUUCCCCAUGUCAUGCUGGAUGUGCUGCUGUUAAUCCG